AUGAUUAUCAGGAGUUCGAGCCUGUUCGGGCUCGACUACCACAUGAUGGCGGUAUUAGUGAUAGCGAUAGCAUUAGUGCUCGUACCGGCGGCCCACAGCGCCCCAAUGUACGAGAGUGAUCAGACCGAGCUGGAAAACUACGGCGAAUCGACCGGCUGCUACUACAACUACAACCACUACGGCGAAGGCGAUCGCAUCAUGACGAACGAACCGUGCCUCAACUGCACCUGUCACGAUCGCAUGCUGAUGUGUUACCUGCGCGUCUGCCCGUUCACGAAGGCGAUCGGGCAGGACUGCACCAUCGAGAAGCGAGAGGACCAGUGCUGUCCGGUGAUCACCUGCCCGGAGGUGGAAGUACAGCUGGUUGACCACCAGACUACGGCAAGUCCGUCGAUGGGCGCUUCCUCGACGGAGGUUGGAGCGUUGGAUCAGUACGGUUGUUCGAUUAGCGGUCGGUUCUACCCGGAGGGAGCUCAAGUGCCAUCAAAUCCACAGAAGCCGUGCGAGUUGUGCUACUGCAUCCGCAACAUGACCACCUGUGUAAUGCAGGAGUGUACGCUGCACAUCGACGGUUGCCAGCCGAUCUACAACAAGGGUGUCUGCUGUCCAGUGAGAUACGAUUGCGAUCACGAUAGGGAUUCAACGCCGUUGUUGGAUGACGAGAGCACCACCACGGUGCGUCCGACACCUGGGUUCAUCCUGACGACCACCGUCUUGCCCUCAAUAUCCACGGACUGCACGCACAACGGUGAGACGUACGCAGAUGGUGCGCUUAUCAUGACGGAGAAACCAUGUGAACAUUGCUACUGCAUGCGUGGAGACAUCGUGUGUGCCGUGCAGGAAUGUGGAACGCCACUAGAGAACGAGGGUAAGAAUUGUACUGCUCUACCACCAGCUGCAGGUCAGUGCUGCCCGGAUAAGUAUAUCUGUGACGGUGGAGCUGCCUCUAUGCAUACAACGACUGCUGCUAGUGUGCCAACACCUGCCGCUGAUGACGCAACGGAGGAGCAGGACGAACAAGAAAAGCAGGAUGAGCAAGAAAAGCUUGAUGAGCAAGAAAAGCUUGAUGAGCAAGACGAACAGGAAGCGGAACCGGUAGCAACUGCGACCCAACCGAGCCUGGAGAGCUCCACCACGCCACAGAAGGAGCAUGAUGGUGGUUUGGAUCAAAAGAUCGACGAUGAUGAAGAUGAAGAUGAUAAGCAGCAGCACGUCGUACCGCAGCUGGAUGACGAUAGCGCGGAAGAUGAUGAAGUCCCGGAGACGGCUGAAGACGUACGUCCGUUGACGACGGCUCGACCAGACCUGGAUGAUGAAGUCGAGAGUGAUCACAUCCCUGGACACGUUGGACCGCACGAACACGAGGACGAUACGCAGAAGGAGACCGGAACGACGCUGGCUGCGAAUGAACCAGCUCCUCUGACGACAGUGAGACCUGCGAUGUCGCAGACCACUUUGGGAGACUCGCUAGAGCAAAGUGAGGCCACUACUGAGCAUGUGCGGGAGGAUGAGUCCAGCAGCGAUGUAACCGUAGCACCAACUCGAGAUGUCGAGCAAGACUCAGGUGAACCACUGCAGGAACAAGACGAUGUCGAAGAAGUCGCAAUGGCAGCUGCCACCACGAAGGCCAGCUUUGAUAAGGCCGACAUGAUCGAGUCGACAACGGUUGCUGAUGAGGAGGUCAGUGAGCCGCAGCCUACAACGACACGUCCUAUGCUAGAACCAAUUGGGAGUGCAGAUGAAAAGGAAAAUGAAAUCGGAGACCAUCACGAAGAUACAAGCGAGUCGGAUCAAACUGAACCCGCUCGGGACGAUGUGCCGGAGACUCAAGAUGAGCAGACUGAGGAGGAUGACGAACAGGAGCCCAGCGCAACCACAGCCGCACCUGAGCAGGAGCAGGAUUCCGGUGAGCCAGAAACGCACACCUAUCUGCCACCAGGUAGUGCAGCGGUACCGGAACAGACUAAACCAGAGAUGAGCUCAGACAAGAAAGAGGCUGCGAACAAGGCUGAUGAUCAACCACCAGCCCCUGUGGAGCAGGACUUCGUUGAGUUGCCUCCGGCGGUCGUCGUCACGGAGUUGCCACCAGUCCCGACCUCAUCAGAUGAGCUGUUCACGACGGAACAGACACCGGAACCACCGAAGGAUGAGAUUCUGCCGAACAUGCCAUUGGAGGCUGACUCGCACGUGCUGCCGGACGCGAUGACGACUGAGCACACGCCAGCGUUUGGUGAUCGUAAGGAAGAUGAGGGUCAACAGCAGCUGGAAGACGAUCGGGAACAGGACGCUCAAAAUGUUCCGGUGAAGGCUGGUAUGGAUGAGCCGGUUGAGAUGAACACCGUGAUUCCGCUGGAGAUGGACGGCCAGAAGGUGCAGCCUGUGGAUAGCGAACCGAGCAAGCAAGAUGAUCACGAGCAUGAUCAGGUGCCUGAGCAUGACCCGCUGGAUCACACUGACGAUGAAGACGAUGACACGCAGAGUGGUGAGGUUCAAGAACACGUAACACCGGCACGUGAGGACACACGACCGGCAGUACCAUCGGACGACGAACAGAGCGAGGUGGAUGAAAGCCCGGAUAAGCUGUUCCCGGAGUCGAUCCCUGGCGAAGGUGAUUGUCUGGUGGAUGGUGUGACGUUUAGCAAUGGUGCUAGUGUACCUCCAAGUGGCAAGUGUCAGGUGGCGUGCCACUGCUCGAACAGCAUCGUACACUGCGAGAUGGUGCGAUGUGAUGCGGCUCCAAGUGACGACUGUGUACCGAAGGCCACUCUGCCAGGUGAAUGCUGCCCGAGCUUCAGCUGUCCGAAGCAACCUCCAGCGACGCUACGCCCAACGGCCGAAUCGACAGAGGCGUCGACUGAGAGUGAAUCCACAAGUGAAGAGGAGCAGCAGUCGGCGGACGUGAGCGAAUCGGAUGUGGCGGACAGUGAUGUCUCAGUUGGUUCGUCAGAAGCGCCAACAACGGCAACGGCUGACUCGCAGUCUACCUCAACGGAUGAGGAACAAGAUGAGGAUGAUGAAGCGAGCAAGCCUUCGGAGGCCGAGAGUGACAGCUGGGAUGUGGAUGACGACGCGUUCAAGCCACUGCGCCCGACAAAGCAACCGAAUUUGGAGGAAAUGCACAUCAACUUCUUCGGUGGCAAUCGCCCAACAACGGCGAGCUAUCCGGAUCCGAUCAUCUUGAGCACGGCAGGUACGACGCUUGCACCGGAACCGACAACCACCAAGGCUGAGUAUGGACAGGAGGCAGCGUACACGACUACCAAGCCAGAGUACGGACAGGAAGCAGCGUACACGACUACGAAGCCAGAGUACGGACAGGAAGCAGCGUACACGACGACACCUGCUGUGGCUGUCACUUCGAAGGGUGAAACCGACAAGGAGGAUGAGAAGGAAACUGUUGGAUCAGAAUAUGCCCCAGAUGUUGCGGAUGAUGAUCAUAAACCAGAACCAGAGCAAGACGAACCGGUAGAGUUGACCACUGCCAAGGUAUUCGAGGAGAGCUCAACGACUCUGUCGUCCAAGGGCUCGGAAGUGAGUGCUCAUGAUGAUCUCGGCAAGCCAGAAUCAGUUCCUGUUGGUGUAGAGCAGGACGAAACCGAGCAGGAUGAGGAAGAAGACGACAAGGAACAGAAACUCGCCACCACUCCGGUCGUUGUCAGUGCCGAUGAGCAGCAGGAAGUCACCGAGCCGUCCCGUGAGGGAACGACUGCUGGUCCGCACGCCGUUGAGAAGGAUGAAGAACAAGACGCUGCUGUUCCUACUACUGUUCGUUCGGUAGAAGAAGGUGUUGGACACGAGCAGCCGCAUCAUGAUGGCGAUGAGGAACAGAAUGAAAUUGCUAGCACGACUGUGCGUGUCGACAAACCUACACCAGUUGCGGAUGAAGAGAAGCUGCCCGCGGCAGAAGUAACAACGUCCCGUACUGAGGAUGAUGAGUCAUCCACUGAGCGAGACGAAGCGGAACAGGUGACAGUGCAAGAUACCAAGCGCAAGACAAGCAUCUCAACCGAGGCUCCGACCACUGUUGCUGACCAGGAUGAGGAACGUGACCAACCAGCUGCUACGACGUCGACGUCGUUCCCUGUCGAGAGUGACCAUGGAGAUGCGGCACAGGACGAAGAGAAGCAAACAUCAGCUCCCGCGUCGAUGGAUGAGUCGGAACAGGCUGGCACGAGUGCUCCAACGAUGCAACCAGAACAUUCGAGUGGGCAGGAUGAAUACCAACCUGCUGCCACCACUCAAGCUACCGUUCCUGAGCGUGACGUAGAGGACGAGGACGGCCAAGCACCUGCUCAGCCCGUCUCUGCGGACGAUGAAAUUGAAGAGCGCCCUACCACGGACUCAGGAGUAACACAAAGUACGACGAUGGUACCGAAGGCAGAAGGGGAUCAAGCUCUUGGAGCUGGUGAUGAGCUGAUCUUCCGCGUCGACGAUGAAGAAGAUAAGAAGCCAAUCGUGAAGCCAACGCUGGAUGAGGUGACACCAUCGAAGGAGGACGUGAAACCGACGCACGAUGAAGUGGCACCAAGCCAGGACGAAAUAAAACCGACGUUCGUCGAGACGAAGCCGUCCAAGGUAGAUGAGGAGUCGGACGAUGACAACCUGAUCAGCCCGAUUGGAGAUGCCGAGCAGGAUGGUGGCCUACACUUCCCGCAGGAGGAUGAUGAAUCAGACCAGGAUUUGCAGCCGAUCUUCAAGCCUACUCUGGAUGAGUCAGAGCAGCACGCAGCCGUUCCGCUGCCGGUGGAAAUUCCGCAGGAAACGAUGCCAUUGGAACCAGUCGAUCAGAUUAAGGAGCACGAUGACGCUCAACAGGGCACUACUGUCGAAAGUGAGCCAACACCGGCAGUGACGAGCGCACCAAGCACGGUUAUGCCGCAGGUACCGGAGCAGGAUCGUGAACAGGUCAGCCCAGCUCAGCAUGAAGACGAACCAGAGAGCAACGAGAUUGAAGCUGACGUCCAAGAAGUCGCUGCUCCGGCGAAGAAACCCGUCCAGGAACCGGUUCCAGUGUACGAUGAGGUAGAAGAGUCGGAACAGCAGACGGUUGCGCCGAGCUCGACGACACACCGAGCUGAACCGACGACAGUUGCACAGGAGUUGGAGAGUGAAAUGCAACCAACGACAGCGGCACCGAUCAGUGACGAUGUACCGGUGAAAGUACAGGACGAACAGAGUGAGAAGGAUGAGUCAGUUGCUGAGGAGCAGCCGGCUACGACAACUCAAUCUGCCGCUGCGGAUGUGACUUCGGCUAUGGAACAAGAUCAGCAGGAGAAGGAACAAGACGAGAAGCCUGAAGAACAGCCAGCACAUGAGGAUGAACGACCAACGACAGCCCGUACACCAGCGGCAGAUGACGCGCAGGAUGAAGAGAGUAACGAUCUCCCCGUUUCGACACCUGUCGCAGAUAAGGCUGCCGAAGAUGAACAAGCGCCGGAACUGAUGCCAGAGCAUGAUGAUGUGAAGGAUGAGGAUGAACAGAAACCGCUGGUUGAACAUGAUGGCGAAGAUGACGACACGCCUGCCGCUACCACGCCUCAGGUGUUCACGCAGCCUGAAAAGCAAGAUGAUAGCGAAACUGACGAGCAGGUACCGGAGUCUGACGAUUUGUCUGAACAGUCUCAGCAGGCGACUACACCGCGUGGUGAGGAUGCCGCAGUCGAGGAGGGUGAUCGCACCACUCCUGCUGCAGCUGCUGACAGCAAGCAAACACCCGCAAUUGUAAUGGAUCGUCAAACAACGCUUGCACCAGUCCAAGACUCGGCAGAGAGCGAUGAUGAUGAAAGUGAUGAGCAGAAGCCGGCCGUGGAUGAUGCGACUCACACUGAUAGCGAAGAGGACGAGCAGGAAGAUACGGAACCUCAAGCCGUAACGACUGUUAAAGUUCCAGUAGCCCACGCUGCUGCCGAUGAUUCAGAUGAGUCGAUGCAAGCUGCUGACGAAACCGCCUCGCCUGUGCCAACUACGGCAGCUCCGUUCGAACAACAGGAGGAUGAUCACAAACCAGAGCAUGACGACACUGAACACGACGAAGACGAACGAACUCCCACGACUAGCGCACCAGCACUGGAACAGGAUGGGCAACAAGUGCAGCAGUUUGAAUCGGACGACAGUGCGGCUCCAGCUGCCCCUAUGGAGGAUGAGGUAGAGUUUGAGCCCGAAGAGCAGUCAUUCACUACGACUGGACCGAAGGUUGCCGAAGAACAGGAUAAACUGUCAACUGCUGCUCCGGAACUGGAUGAGCCCGAGAAGGACGAGUCUGAGAAGGACGAGCCUGAGAAGGACGAGUCUGAGAAGGACGAGUCUGAAAAGGACGACUCUGAAAAGGAGCACUUGAAACCUGAAGCUGACAAAGAAGAGGAAUCUCAUGACGAUGUUCAGAUGACUACCGUUGCCUCGGAAGCCAGUGCUGACGACUCGCACAAAGAACAACCGGCCACCUCUGAAGCGGAUCAACCAGAAGUGGAUGAUGAACUUCCUUCGACCACAUUCGAAACCCCAGUCAGAACGGGAGCUGAAGAGUCUGCGGACGAUAUGGCACCAGCUGAAGAGAAGCCAGCCGAAGAGAAGCCAUUUGACAAGAAGCCAUUCGACGAGGACGUUUAUGAGGAUGUGAGCACAGUUGCGGCACCGAUGGCAACGCAUGAUGAAUCAGGAAAACCCGAAGCAGAUUCUCACGACGACGAACCUACCGCGCAAGAACCUUCAAGCACUGCAGCACCAGUUACUACUGCACCGACGGCUGACGAAGCUGUCGAGCAGGAAAUGGAUCAAGAAGUGAAAGUACCGGCUAUGGAUGCUAAACCGACCGAAGAAGAGGAUCUCCAGGCACCAACAACUGUUGCUGCGGCACCAGCAGAACCAGAGCGAGACCAGGUGACGGAUGGCGAGAAACCACUUCCGGCAGAAGACGAACAGGCGGGUGAUCAGGUGACGACAAGUGCUCCGGAAAGCGACGACGAAAAGUUGCAGCAGCCAGUGAGCACUGACGCACCACAUGUUGCUCAGGAUCCUAGCAAGGACACAGCUACGUCCGAAGAAGAACAGGAUGAUGUAGAGCAGCCACAGACAGAUGACCUGAAUGCCGAUGAUGACUCGUCGGAGGAAGACGACUCUCCGGCCGUCCAGUUCACGACCACAGUGCCACAGAAGGCUGUCACGGUAGAGGACAUCGCUGGCUCGACACCGAAGGAUAUGACUGCCGAGGAAGCAACACCGAAACCAGAGGUGUACACCACACAGGCACCAGCAUCGGACUCGCAGGUAACUGAACAGCACACCACUGUGCGUCAGAAAGACGAAGCUGUUACAACCGAGGCAUCAGCACCCUCAAGUACGGGUGCGGUACAUCUGCAGCCGGAAGAUAAGGUUGGCACAACGAGCGCACCGGUAUCGACACAGGGUGUAGAACAGGAGCAUUCGGAAGCUCCGGAGCUUUCCAGCACAUCUACGGCCUCUACCACGUCCAAGACCACCGUGCAGGAUGAGGAGGAACCAGCACGUGAGACGGCAAAGCCCACGGCAGCACCGGCACAACCGGACGAACAAUCGCAGACCACGGUCGCACCGGUUGUUCUGGACGAUAAACAGGACGAGAAAUUAGACGAGAAGCUGGACGACAAACAGGACGACAAGUCGACCGAGAAGCCUGUAAUUCCAGCUGCCGCUGACGACGACCUGCUGCAGAAGCCGCAGGGUGCACACCACGAGGACUCCGAGGACGAAAGUGAACCGCAGACAGCCGUCAAGCCGACCUUCCCCGACGAUGCCACAUCGGACGGUGAGGAUGACGAUCAGCAGAAGGUCCAGGAACCAGUGAGCGUAAGUGACGAGACUGGUGUCUCAGCGAAGCCUGAUCAGCAGCCAUCACCUCAACCGGAGACGGUAGGACCUUCGUACGGAGCACCAGGACAGCACUACGAUAGCGGUUACGGUCAUAUGCCACCACACUACCCACCAUCCUCGUACGAGGACGACUACGGCGAAGAGGAAGACCCUGCCGCGUUUGGACCUGGCACCUGCCGGUACGGUGGCAAGCUGUACGUGUCGGCGCAGCAGAUCCCGCGCGACGAUCCGUGCGAUUUCUGCUUCUGCUUCCGCAGCGACAUCAUCUGCCUGCAGCAGUCCUGCCCGCCACCGAUCAGCGGUUGUAACGAGGAGCCAAUCUCCGGCUUCUGCUGCCCGCGGUACGAGUGCCCGGUCUCGAUGGCGACGGUGUUGAACGUGACGACGAGCACGACCACGACGACAACUACGCUACCGCCGCACUUCCUGUCACACGCGUACAAGGGUCAUGUGCAGAAGCGUGGCUGUCAGAUUCAGGGCAAGGCGUACAACGUCGGUGAAGCGGUGGCCUCUGCCUCCGGACCUUGCAUGCGAUGCACAUGUGGCGGAGAUGGUCAGAUGCAGUGUGAGCCGAAGGCGUGCAGUCCGGAACCGAUGCUGCAGCAGAUGAUUGCCGUGGCGGCGUCCCGACGAAGAUGA